AGCGUCGUCGCUGCCUGCGGCUGAGCACACUUGGGGAACUACAGCGCGAACUGGAGGGGUCUGUAAGCCUGGAGGCGACGUGGGGGGCGGGACCCUGCGAAGGGAGGAGUUGGCAGGAAGCAGGUGCCACAGCUAGUCUGCGAGAUCUUGGGGGACCCUCACUCAAGAUGCUGGUCUGCGCCCUCCUGAUCCUCCUCUUCUGCCUCAGGGGGCAAGCAGGGUCACCCCACUUCCUGCAACAACCCGAGGACCUGGUGGUGCUGCUGGGGGAUGAGGCUCGGCUCCCCUGCGCCCUGGGGGCGUACCGGGGGCUGGUCCAGUGGACUAAGGAUGGGCUGGCUCUAGGGGGUGAGAGCGAUCUGCCAGGGUGGUCCCGGUACUGGAUAGCCAGGAAUGCAGCCAGUGGCCAGCAUGACCUCCACAUCAGGCCUGUGGAGCUAGAGGAUCAAGCAUCCUAUGAGUGCCAGGCCACACAAGCAGGCCUCCGCUCCCGACCAGCCCGACUGCACGUGCUGGUGCCCCCAGAAGCCCCCCAGGUACUGGGCGGCCCCUCUGUGUCUCUGGUUGUCGGGGUUCCUGCGAAUCUGACCUGUCGGAGCCGGGGGAAUGCUCACCCCCCGGCUGAGCUGCUGUGGUUCCGAGAUGGGGUCCGGCUGGAUGGGGCCACCUUCCAUCAGACCGUGCUGAAGGAAGGGACCGCUGGGACCCUGGAGAGCAUCCUAUCCUUGACCCCCUCCAGCCGUGAUGACGGAGCCACGUUGGUCUGCCGAGCCCGGAGCCAGGCCCUGCCGUCCGGGAAGGACACAGCUGUCACGCUGAGCCUGCAGUACCCCCCAGUGGUAACUCUGGCCGCAGACCCACAGACUGUGCAGGAGGGAGAGAAGGUGACUUUCCUGUGCCAGGCCACAGCGCAGCCUCCGGUCACCGGCUACCGGUGGGCAAAGGGGGGCUCCCCGGUGCUGGGCGCCCGCGGGCCUAUGUUGGAGGUGGUGGCGGACGCCUCAUUCUUGACCGAGCCAGUGUCCUGCGAGGUCAGCAACGCGGUGGGCAGCGCCAACCGCAGCACGGCGCUGGACGUGCAGUUCGGACCGAUUCUGCAGGCAAAGCCGCAGCCGGUGUCUGUAGACGUCGGGGAAGAUGCCUCCUUCAGCUGUGCCUGGCGUGGGAACCCGCCCCCACGGGUAACCUGGACCCGCCCCGGGGCCUGGCAGGUGCUGGCCUCCGGGCCAACCCUGCGACUUCCUUCCGUGGGCCUAGAGGACGCAGGCGACUACGCGUGCAGGGCCGAGCCGGGGCCCUCCGGCCUGGGGGGCGGCUCCGCCCAGGCUCGGUUGACUGUGAACGCUCCGCCCGUGGUCACCGCCCUCCACUCUGCGCCCGCCUUCCUGAGGGGUCCCGCCCGCCUUCAGUGUCUAGUCUUCGCCUCUCCCACCCCAGAAGCCGUGGUCUGGUCUUGGGAUGAGGGUUUCCUGACGGCGGGGUCGCGGGGUCGGUUCCUGGUGGAGACGUUUCCAGCCCCGGAGGGCAGUGGGGGACACGGUCCAGGCCUGAUCUCUGUGCUGCACAUUUCGGGAACCCAGGAGUCGGAUUUUAGCCGGGGCUUCAACUGCACUGCCCGGAACCGGCUGGGAGAGGGAGGCACCCGGGUCAGCCUGGGCCGCAGAGACUUGCUGCCCACCGUGCGGCUCGUGGCUGGAGUCGCCGCUGCGGCCGUCACUCUCCUCAUGGUUGUCAUUGGGGUGGCCCUCUGCUGCUGGCACCAUGGCAGAGCCUCCUUCUCCAAGCAAAAGAACCUGGUGCGGAUCCCGGGCAGCAGUGACGUUUCCAGUUCUCAGUGCCCAGAGGAGACCGGCAGCGGCGAAGAUCGGGGCCCCGUCGUGGGCACAGACCACAGCGACCUGCUUCUGGAUGAGGAAGGUGCUCUAGAGACCAAGGACCCAACCAAUGGCUACUACAAAGUACGAGGGGUCAGUGUGAGCCUGAGUCUUGGUGAAGCCCCCGGAGGUGGCCUCUUCCUGCCACCGCCCUCCCCCCUGGGACCUCCAGGGGCUCCUGCCUUCUAUGACUUCAGCCCCCACCUGGGGAUGGCCCCCCCCUGCAGACUGUACAGAGCUCGGGCAGGGUACCUCACCACACCCCACCCUCGGGCUUUCACCAGUUAUGUCAAACCCACAACCUUUGGAACCCCAGAUCUGGUCCCUGGCUCCCCCCCAUUCCCAUACACUUCCUUCCCCCCACCCGUCCACCAACGCCUCCAGACUCAUGUGUGACAAAUCUCCAACCAAAGAGUCCUACCGUCUUCAACUUGCCAUCAUGGAUUGGCCUGAUUCCCAAGGAGCCAGAACGAGUUGGUGAUCUCACGCCUCCAGAAGUGAACAUUGAAGGGCGAGAAAGAUCGUUACAAUUGUCUGGGUCAUUGAUGGAUGUGCCACAUGAGAAUAAGAUGGCCACUAUGUCCACCUAGUUCCCCAUGUAAAAGAAGGUCAAGAUGGCGCAUGAGCCCGCCUCAGAAGGAUGGAACAGGGGAGUGACAGGAGCAGGGGAGGAAGUCGUUUCCGGACACUAAAGAAGGAGCUUCCAGAUGACCACCUACAUUGACAAGAUGCCCGGAGGCCUGACCUGGACGUGUGCUGGCUCUCCCUGAGGAAGCAGAGCCAAAGGUUGUCCACUCCCUGGGACCCCCAUCUAGCCACUAUCUUGGUUCCUUCUAUCUUCCUUAAAGGUCCUGGAAGAAUCGGACCCAAGGGGUAAGGAUGGGACAGAAGUGGGGGGCAUAUGGGGAUGAGAAUAUUUAUGUUUAAUAAAAAAACG